GUAUUAAAAUUAUUAAGCAUGAGUAAACUGAGUCAUACAAACAAGUUUAGGGAGGAGCGGCGAGAACACUUUACUCUAAAUUAAUCCAUGGGCGGGAUCUAGGAGACAAUACCAGUUGAAGAAGUUUUUGACAAAUUGAAGUGUACAAAAAAUGGCCUCUCUUCUGAUGAAGUUGAACAGCGGUUAUCAGUAUUUGGUUAUAACAAGCUUGAAGAGAAAAAGGAAAGUAAAGUACUCAAGUUUCUGGGUUUUAUGUGGAAUCCAUUAUCAUGGGUUAUGGAAGCUGCAGCAAUUAUGGCCAUCUCUCUUGCUCAUGGAGGCGGAGAAGGAGUAGAUUACCAUGAUUUUAUUGGAAUUAUGACCCUGCUUAUCGUUAAUUCAACCAUAAGCUUUAUAGAGGAAAAUAAUGCUGGAAAUGCAGCUGCAGCUUUAAUGGCUCGGCUAGCCCCGAAGGCGAAGGUUUUACGCGAUGAGAGCUGGGCAGAGUUAGAUGCUGCUGUAUUAGUCCCUGGAGACAUCAUUAGUAUCAAACUAGGAGAUAUUAUUCCUGCUGACGCGCGAUUACUCGAAGGAGAUCCUUUGAAAAUUGAUCAGUCUGCUCUGACAGGAGAGUCGCUUCCUGUAACUAAACAUCAUGGAGACGGAAUUUACUCUGGCUCGACAUGUAAGCAAGGUGAAAUUGAAGCAGUUGUUAUUGCUACUGGAGUACAUACGUUCUUCGGAAAAGCAGCUCACCUUGUGGAUUCCACCACCCAUAUUGGUCAUUUUCAGAAGGUUCUGACGGCGAUCGGAAAUUUCUGUAUUUGCUCCAUUGCCAUUGGAAUGGUGAUUGAGAUCAUUGUGAUAUAUGGGAUUCAAGAAAGGGAGUAUCGCGUCGGUAUUGACAAUCUUCUGGUUUUACUCAUUGGUGGUAUCCCUAUUGCUAUGCCAACUGUGCUUUCUGUUACUAUGGCCAUUGGUUCUCAUAAAUUGUCUCAGCAGGGUGCCAUAACAAAGAGAAUGACAGCAAUUGAGGAAAUGGCAGGAAUGGAUGUACUCUGCAGUGAUAAAACUGGAACUUUGACUCUUAACAAGCUUACAGUGGACAAGGCUUUAAUAGAGGUUUUUGCAAAGGGUGUUGAUAAGGACAUGGUUGUGCUAAUGGCUGCAAGAGCUUCAAGAUUGGAAAAUCAAGAUGCAAUCGAUGCAGCGAUUGUCGCGAUGCUUGCUGAUCCGAAAGAGGCCCGAGCUGGAAUUACUGAAGUUCACUUUCUUCCAUUCAAUCCAACUGAUAAGAGAACAGCACUUACUUACAUAGAUAGUGCAGGAAAUAUGCAUAGAGUGAGCAAAGGAGCACCAGAGCAGAUUCUCAAUCUGGCAUCAAACAAAUCUGAAAUUGCUCAAAAAGUACAUUCAAUAAUUGAUAAAUUUGCUGAACGUGGACUUCGCUCUCUAGGAAUUGCUCGACAGGAGGUACCCGCCGGUACAAAAGAAAGUCCUGGCAGUCCUUGGGAAUUCGUCGGACUACUCCCUCUUUUCGAUCCACCACGCCAUGAUAGUGCUGAAACUAUUAGAAGAGCUCUAGACCUUGGUGUUGGAGUCAAAAUGAUCACAGGUGAUCAAUUAGCAAUUGCAAAAGAGACAGGAAGACGCCUCGGGAUGGGCUCAAACAUGUAUCCAUCAUCCUCCUUACUUGGUGAAAACAAAAAUGGAGAAUUUGGAGUCUUACCUAUUGAUGAACUCAUUGAAAAAGCCGACGGUUUUGCUGGUGUUUUCCCUGAGCACAAAUUUGAGAUUGUGAAGCGACUGCAAACUAAAAAGCACAUAGUUGGGAUGACUGGUGAUGGAGUUAAUGAUGCACCUGCAUUAAAGAUUGCAGACAUAGGAAUUGCUGUGGCUGAUUCAACAGAUGCGGCUCGCGGUGCUUCUGAUAUAGUUCUUACUGAACCAGGGCUCAGUGUCAUAAUUAGUGCUGUUUUAACCAGCCGUGCAAUCUUUCAAAGAAUGAAGAACUACACUAUAUAUGCAGUGUCUAUCACCAUCCGUAUUGUGAUGGGAUUUAUGCUGCUCACUUGUUUCUGGAAGUUUAAUUUCCCUCCCUUCAUGGUUCUGAUUAUUGCCAUUCUAAAUGAUGGUACUAUUAUGACAAUAUCUAAAGACAGAGUUAAGCCAUCCCCAAUACCAGACAGCUGGAAGCUCAGUGAAAUUUUUGCUACCGGCAUUGUAAUUGGUGCUUAUCUUGCUAUAAUGACUGUUGUCUUCUUCUGGGGAGCUUACGAAACCGACUUUUUUACGAAACAUUUCCAUGUCGAUAGCCUUGAGAAGACUCAUCACAACCUCUCGGAUUUAAAUGUCGUCAAGCAACUGAACGGACAGCUAGCAUCAGCUGUAUAUCUUCAAGUUAGCACCAUCAGUCAGGCUCUGAUCUUCGUGACUCGGUCCAGAAGCUGGUCAUUCACAGAAAGACCCGGUCUUCUUCUCAUCAUUGCUUUCAUAAUAGCUCAACUGAUCGCGACAGUAAUAUCUGCGACAGCAACAUGGGAAUUUGCUGGAAUUCAUCAGAUUGGCUGGAAAUGGACCGGUGCUAUAUGGAUAUACAAUAUUGUAACUUAUUUGUUGCUUGAUCCUAUCAAAUUUGCUGUCAGAUAUGCAUUGAGUGGAAGAGCUUGGGGCCUAGUCUAUGACCAAAGAACUGCAAUGACCACUCAGAAAGACUUUGGGAAGGAGGCGCGUGAAGCAGCAUGGGCGACGCAGCAGCGAACACUUCAUGGCUUGGAAUCUGCAGAAUCAAAAGUGUUCUCUGAAAAGAAUACUUUCAGAGAGAUCAGUGUUCUUGCUGAAGAAGCUAGAAGAAGGGCAGAGAUUGCAAGAUUAAGGGAGCUUCACACUCUGAAAGGCAGAGUAGAAUCUUUUGCCAGGUUGAAGGGUUUAGAUAUUGAUGUAAACCCUCAUUACACAGUCUAAAGUAAACUACAAUUAUCAUUAAAUUUCUCAACUACUGCUUAAAACAGGAGAUGGGUACCAAAUUUUACUUUCUUUUAUGUAAUUUUUAUGUGCUAAAUGUUCAAAAAGAUUUUAUGUAAGCUUUCAAUAAAUACUGUUCAAUGUCAAUUUUAUCAUUUGUAA